CUUUUUUUCUACUUCCAAAUUAAUGGUCUUUUAAGACCCCCUUCUAAUAUUGCGAAAUGACCUCUCUAAGGCAAAUUACAAGGAGCGCACCUCCGCCGGCUUUCCUAGGAGCACCUGCGCUCGCCACUUAUUCUUAUGGCAGAUCUCCGGCCUAUAGACGGUUAUUAGCGACCACCGCAAAUAUCUCCAGGCCGGCAGGCAGCGAUGUAGCGCCACUACGUUUUUCUCGACUUCCCUUAUCACCAUACAUUCCCCUCCGAUCGCCCUUCACUCCCGAGAUAAUAGCCACUUUACAAUCACGAGCCUUCCACCAAACGUCACCAUGGUACCAGAAGCAGUCGCAACAAGCCGCGCAUUCCGACAAGGCGGAUCCCAAGCCCGCGGACCCUAAAAAGGACGCAGAACAGGCCGCCCCGGGUGCGGAAUCUGAAGCAAAGGCUGGACCGGAAGAGGAAGCUAAGAAACAAGAGGAGCAAGGCAAAGAAAAUGAGGAGGAUAAGAAAGAGGAGAAGAAGGAAGAUCUACCCCCUCCACCACCCCAUGGUGAUAAGACGCCGUGGCAAGUGUUUAUGGAGACUAUGCAGACCGAGUUUAAAGCUUCAAAGGAAUGGAACGAGUCAACCAAACAGCUUGCCGACUCUGCUCAUUCAUUCACCGAGAGCGAAUCAGUCCGACGUGCGAGGCAAGCAUACGAAAAUACCACUGGCGCUGUUUCGUCUACGGCGGGCAAAGUGUUGAAGACUUCUGCAACUGCUGUUGGAAAAGGUGCAGCGUGGACAUGGGAGACUCCUGUAAUGAAGGGUGUUCGAAAGGGGGCCAAUCUAACCGGUGACAUGCUCGACAAAGCAACCAAACCUAUAAGAGAGACUGAGGCAUAUAAAAAUGUUAAGGAUGUCAUCGACGACGGAAGUAGUUCUCGGUACGGUGGCUGGGUCGAAAAAGAGGAGCGAAGAAAAGCUAGAGAAUUACGUGAGAAGCAAGCCCGUUCUAUUCAUGGUAACGCAGAAGACAUGGUCGAAGAUCCAAAUGCUGGGACAAAUGUUACGCUCCAUAAGGAUGCUGCUUGGAAGGAGGCGUGGCGGGAUUUCCGAGAUCAGAACAAGCUUGUCCAGGGAAUCUUUAACAUGAAAAACGUUUACAAUGAAUCCGAGAACCCCCUAAUUACGACAGCCCGAAGUAUCACAGACCGGGUAGCCGGAUUCUUCGCCGAGAACGAAACAGCCAUGGUGAUCAAGAAAUUCCGAUCUAUGGAUCCUAAUUUCCAAAUUGAACCAUUCUUACAAGAGUUGAGAGAGUACAUAUUACCCGAGGUACUUGACGCCUACGUCAAGGGCGAUACGGAAACGCUGAAGCUCUGGCUCUCCGCCGCCCAGUAUUCGGUGUAUGAAGCUUUGACCAAGCAAUAUCUUCAAGCUGGGUUGAAAUCGGAUGGUCGAAUUUUAGAUAUAAGGAAUGUGGAUGUUUUGAAAGCCCGCAUGCUCGAACCGGGCGAGAUUCCGGUAUUUAUCGUUACCUGCCGGACGCAGGAAGUUCACGUUUACCGUAACGCGAAGACGAACGAGCUUGCGGCCGGUAUGGAAGACAGAGUCCAACUAGUCACCUACGCGAUCGGUAUUACACGAACUCCUGAGGAGGUUAGCGAUCCCGAAACAAGAGGCUGGAGGUUGAUCGAAAUGCAAAAGAGCGGAAGGGAUUACAUCUAAAAAAAAUCUCCUCCCUUAUCUACCCGACGGUUUCGCCACGACAUCUAUGUUUAUAAUACUGUACAUUAACCGCCAUAGGGCGACAAAAUAGAGACUGUGGCAGGCGGUCUUAUCACACCACUCUGAAAUGGUAGCCUUGGAUUAGGGCAAAUAGGCGUUAGGCGGCGAUGGUAGCAUAUGAAUGUAUGAUAGACAAAAAGGUGCAUAUAGGAUCGGGCAUGAGAGGCUGCGAUGUAUGAAGUUCAAGCCGUAUGCCGCAUUACGAUACUCAAGUAUGAAAUGGAAGGGAAUUCCGUGAGGCUUAUAUCCUUUAUUUGGUGAUUCUCUAGGUACCUACCUGCUCUAGGUUCUCUAGGGGGUAAAAUGGUUGCUUUCGCUUGAGUCUUGACGAAACCCAAC